UUCGAUAGUAUAAGUUGGUAGGUACCUAAGUAGCAAUAAUGUAUUAACACAUUUCUUGAAAUGAUAAAAAAUUCACUGUCAUGUCAGAAUAAAUAUGCUCUUCAAUACAUUAAUGAGAGGAAAAUCAGUAUUUUUUAGUGACCUGUGUUGCUUGAUCAUUAUUGCAUAUUUUUCAUUCACUGAGUCUGCCGAAGAUGGAAAUAACACAUCCGAUGAUGAUAAAUCGAUAUUUGAGAGUAAUUUAAUAGUGCCUGCUCUUCUGCCAUCCGUUCCAAAAGAAAUUUGUUCGGUACUUUAUGAACCCGGCCUCAUCAUUGUACCUGGUCAAUUUUACUUUCCGUACCAAAUCCAAGGUUUACCAGAGAUAUCGUGGAAUUACAAAGAUGAUAAGUUUUAUAGUAUAAUAGUUCUUGGUGCAUUCAAUAAAAAUCCACAUCCACAAAAUUCUACCGAUGAUCUUCACAAAGAAAGAGUUAUUCCGCCUGAAAAUUCAUGGCUUCAGUGGGUAAUUGUCAAUGUUCGAAAAAAUAAUCUUAAUUCAGGAACUGUUUUACAACCUUUUGUGAAUACAUCUAAUUUUGAACCGAAUGGAACUCAUAAAAUUGUCCAGACAUUUGCUGUUUUCGAGCAAUUUGAAAAAUGCGAUCUGAAAUUGGAUGAUGAAAAUUAUUCAGCUCAAACUCUUCUUGAACGUCAUUUUGCUCCGUUAUCAAAUUUCAUAAACAGUUUUGGCGAAAAUUUUCUUCUCGCUGGUGAUUUCUUUUACAUCACACUUAAACCCAACGGUGUUUUUCGAGAUUCGUCCCCUGUGAGAUACCUCAAUUGGCGACGUAAUGAAUUGAUGAAUUUGGUGAAACCACAUGAUUAUGCAUUUCACGGAACAGCUCGAGAAUAAUUUCAUCUGGGACAGAACCAAUUAUACGAUCAUUAUUCAUACUCGCAGAUGUUCCUGAACUUCUGAUAAUCGAAUUAUUCAAGAGUAAACGAAUUUUCCGGCUUUAAAAACCUGCCCUUAUGAUAAGUUUUCAACCCAAAAAAUUGAAAAUUAAAAAAUAUGUAUUAGCACGAAAUAAUUUAGGCAUGAAACAAACAAAUUUUAAUUAAUAACAGAAUAAUUAGACACCACGAAUACAAAAUUAUACCUAUCUACAAUAACUCUCAUGUACAUUCUCGAGAUCAAGAUCUAAAAUAAUUGAAUUCAACAAAGGUAGGUACGAAGAAAAAAAAUGUGUAGGUACCUAUUUUUUAACUCUGUAACACUUAACGAUAAUUAGUUACUUAAUACAUAAACACGCACGUCAAAAUCGUACCCAAAAAAAUUAAAAUGCACAAAUUUUCUACUACAAAGUACGUCUAUUUUUAAAAUAACUUUCACGACGAAUUUUAAUCAAAUUGACAAACUGUUCUCCUUCGUGCUUCUUUUUGAAUUUCGCAAUUUCAACGGAGUCGUUUUCAAAAAACCAGUUCAUCAAUUCCGUCAUGUAAGAAGAAUGGCAAUUCUUCUUCAACAACGUGUCGAUCGUUUUGAUAUUUUCGUAAGAGUAAAUUUUCUGCACCUUGUA